AUGCUUGUUUUCCUCAUAAGUUUUUCUUUCUUUCUACUUAUAUUUAAAUUCUUUUAUUCUUUCUUGAAGGAAAAAAUAAUUACAUUUUUUUCUUUCUUUCUUCGUUUCUUUCUUUGCUAUUGCCCUUAUCAGUUUGUCUCUUCGCUCAUCUUUCUUUUUUCCUUCUUUCUAUAUUUCUGUAUGUAUUUAAAUUCAUUUAUUCUUUAUUUUAAUUUUCCUUAUCCGUUUGACUCUUCACUCGUCUUUCUUUCUUUCUUUUUUAUCUUUCUUUCUUUCUUUUUUCUUUCUUUCUUUCUUUGCUGUUUUCCUUAUCAGCGUUUUCUUCCUUAUAUAACUAUACAUCUUAUCUAUUUUUUCUUUCCUUACUUAUUUAAGACUAUUUUUCAUUCAUUCUUUCUUUCUUUAUUGUUUAUGUUUUCAUUAAGCGUUAUUUUCUUUGACGACCAUUUUUACUUGAUUUUUUUCUUUCUUCCUUUUAAUGACAUUUUUCUUCUUUAUCAUUCUUUCUUUCUUUCUUUCUUUCUUUCUUUCUUUCUUCCCCCAUUCAUUCCCUCCUUUCUUUAUUUUCCUUUCCUCUUUCUUCUCUUACUAGUUUCCUUCCUAAUUGUAAUUCCUUUUUCUUCCUUCUUACAUUCAUUUUUUCCUUCCUAUCUACCUGGCUUCUUUCCUUAUUUUCUUUUCGUCCCUUCUUUUUUUUUCCUUCCUUCCUUCAGUCUUUUCUUCCUUCAAUCUUUCUUUCCUUCCUUUAUUCGUUCGUUCAUUCCUUUCCUUCCUUCUUCGUUCUUUCCCUUCUAUCGAAAGGAUAGGAGGGAAGGAAAGCUUCCCUCCUUCCUUCCUUCAUUCAUUCCUUCUUUCUUUCCUUCGUUUGACCCUUCCUUCCUAUUCUUUGUUUCGAAGACUCUCUUCCGCCUUCCUUAUCAUUCUCUUCCUUCCUUUUUCCCGAUUUUCUUUCUCGGGUACAAGUUCUUUCCACAAACCUUUAAUCUUUGCCUUCCUUUCUUUCUAUUUUAUUUCUGCUUUUUUCUUUCCGUCACCCUUUCCAAAUUUUACUUUUUAAUCUUUGCGCCUUUCUUUCUUUCUUUCUUUCUUUCUUUCUUUCUUUCUUUCUUUUAA